GUCUGAAGGCAGAGUACUAACAGGUCAUGGGACAACUCAAAUAAGGAAGGUUUGCAUGAUCAGACCAGGAACUUUGUCAUCUUGUACUUUUGAAAUGAUCAGAAAUCCAUGCAACACUCCCACCCACCCAUGAGGUAAGCUAGGCAGUGAACAUUACACCUUCAUAAAAUACUGUUUGCCUAUUAUCAAGCUGAUAAGGACUCUAUAUAAAUACACAAAGGCUUAUUCUUUCUUCAUAGCACAAAACCUCUUCUCCACUUCCUCUUCUUUUACUUUUUUUGCUUCAUCUUAUGGAGAAAGAAGGGCUUUCUGACAAAAAUCACCCUGACAGAAGAAAUAACAUCUUUAAGACAUAAUACGGAUAAUUACAGCAAGAAUGGGUCUGCUGAGUUCCAAACACUCCAAAGUCAAACCAGCUAAGGUAUUAAUGCUGGGACUCGAUUCAGCCGGGAAAUCUACACUAUUGUACAAGUUAAAGUUUAAUGAUGUUUUCCUAACACUCCCAACAAUCGGUUUUAACGUGGAGAUGAUUGAAACAGGGCAAAAUAUUGCUAUAACAAUCUGGGAUGUUGGAGGGCAACAGAAAAUGAGGACAUUUUGGUGCAAUUACUUUGAAAAUGCAGAUGGCCUAGUGUACGUUGUGGACAGCACUGAUAAGCAACGUCUGGAAGAUUCAAAGAAAGAAUUUGAACUUCUCUUAAAGAAUGAAUUUGUAAAGAAUGUGCCUAUUGUUUUGUUAGCUAACAAGCAGGAUCUUCCUGGAGCUUUGAACGCUGAGGAAAUAACCAGGAAAUUCAACAUGCACAAACAUUGCAGUGAUAGAAAUUGGUAUGUACAGCCUUGUUGUGCGAUCACUGGGGAAGGUCUGGCAGAAGCAUUCCAGAGAAUAACAGCAUUUGCAAAAAACUGCAAAAAAUCAAGAGAAGAAGCUUUUACAAUUUUCAAGCAAGAUGAAAAGUUGUAAGAGUCUUCAUUAGCCCAAUCUGGGGAAAGCUAACAUGGAGAGUUUAUUAUGGGAAUUAAAUCUGCAUACUGAAUUCUGCAGAUCUUUUAAAAGACUAUUAUAUAGCAAAAUGUAGUCAGAGCAAGCUAAAUUACUAUGUUGUUACAUUUGCAUACUCUUUCAGAACUACUGUUUCACAGCAUUUUAAUUAAAUGGCAUAUAUGUAGCCUAAGUCCAGAUAUUUGGCAGUGUUAAACUGCAUGAUAUAAUAGUAAAAAGGUGAAUUUAAACAUUUUAAAUGUACUACAGUCAUUUUAUUUAUGCUUGUUUAAUUACACAAAAUGUACAAGAGCUGAGAUAAAUGGGUCAUUGAGCAAGCAAAGAAAAUGUAAAAAACAUUAUUUCAUAUUACAUAACAUACUGUAUUUGUAAGUGCUUUGUGAAUAUAUUUAUUAUGCAGGCAUACAUAAAUUCUUACACUAGAAAGUAAUUUUGAUAGCUAAUUUAUUUUUAACUCAUAUCAUUUUACCAAUACUUAAAAGCAACUCCACUUGUUUAGACAGUACUUACAUUUGAAUCACGGUUGACAUUACUAACAGAAGUCUACAACAUUGCAUCUGAUCUGCUGGCAACACUUGAGUACAAAGGAUAGAAUGCACUGGACAAUCUCAAAUGUCAAGUUUUUCAAAGCUGUGCAGAACACCUGCAGGGGUACUUAAAUACAGACAAACAGCCAGUAUAUCGAUUUUUUUGCGAUGUGAGAAUCCUUCAUCCCAAUCAAGUUUGUAUAGUCUCCCACAACUUCAGUGACUACGAACAGAGUUCUGCUGAGUUCUGUACCUUGAAGGUUAGUGGGCAGUUUACUUGAACAUUGUAAAUGAACUUCCUACCAAUGAAAUUUCUCUCUCCUGUUUUUGGAAAGCAUGGACAAACAUUUGCCAAGACUUAGGCUAUGUCUACAGUACAAUCUUAAGUCGACUUAUGUUAGGUUGACUUAACAGUCAACACAUUAAUUACUGCAGUGGCUGAUGUCCACAAUAACCUCCUUCUGUCAGUGGUGCGUGUCCUCACCAGGAGCGUUUCCACGACUGAAGAGGGGUAGUAUGUGGGACAGAGAGCCAGGGCUCUCAGCUCCCUACAGCCCCCCACAGGGAGCCCAGCUGCCACUUGGGGCUUCUUGCCUUCCCACUCCCAGUCGGGAGCAGGCGGGAAGCCACCCAGGGAGAUCCGCCUCUGGAGCCCGGGUCAGCUGCCAUGCUCCUGGUAGGAAGCAGGAAUCCAGGAUCCUGGGGGGCAGGACUCCCAGUGGGAAGCCUGGGUGGCAGCCCAGCUUGAAGCAGAGACCCGUCAGCAGUCAGACUUG